UGAACUGAAAGGAAAAAAUAAAGAGGAAAUUUUGAGAAAAUAAGAAUAGAGAAAUGGAGUCGACAGAGUCGUCUUAUGUGUCAUCACCAGAGGCUGCGAGGAAGAGAUCUCCGCCGCCGCCCCAAUCGUCUGGUUCUGAAAAUGCAGAGAAGCCUACACAUAUCAAGUUUCUUGUCUCCAAUGCUGCUGCUGGUUCUGUAAUUGGAAAGGGAGGUUCAACAAUUACAGAAUUUCAGUCAAAAUCAGGAGCUCGAAUUCAGUUGUCACGCAAUCAUGAAUUUUUCCCGGGAACAUCAGACAGGAUCAUUAUGGUCUCUGGAACAAUUGAUGAAGUACUCAAAGCUAUGGAACUUAUCCUUGCUAAAUUAUUGAAUGAGCUUAAUAUUGAAGAUAGUGAUGAUGUUGAACCAAGAACUAAAGUGAGGCUAGUUGUUCCUAAUAGCUCUUGUGGCAGCAUAAUUGGGAAAGGAGGGGCUACCAUAAAGUCAUUUAUUGAAGACUCCCAAGCAGGCAUUAAGAUAUCUCCACAGGAUAAUAAUUUUUAUGGCUUAAACGAUAGGCUAGUGACACUUACUGGCACUCUAGACGAGCAGAUGCGAGCAAUUGAUUUGAUUCUGUCCAAGCUUUGUGAAGACCCUCAUUACUCACAAGCUAUGCAUACCCCAUUUUCAUAUGCAGGUAUUUUCUUCUCUGGUUUUCAUGGUAUUCCAUAUGCAUAUGUGCUUCCUUCUGUUGCAACAGCGACUUACAAUUCAAUGAGCUAUGCAGCAAAUGGGGCUGGAGGGAAGUUUCAGAAUCACAAGGAGGAUCAUAGCAACUCUGUCACGAUUGGUGUUUCAGAUGGGCAUAUUGGGCUGGUUCUUGGUCGUGGUGGAAGGAAUAUCGCAGAAAUUAGUCAGGUAAGCGGUGCAAGGAUAAAAAUAUCGGAUAGAGGCGAUUUCAUGUCUGGAACAACUGAUAGGAAAGUCACAAUCACGGGAUCACAGAGAGCAAUCCAUCAAGCUGAGUCCAUGAUAAUGCAGAAGGUAGCAUACGCCAAUGGGAGGGUGAUGGAUUAGUUUUAGCAGUUAUCAGAACCAUUCUUGUUGAGUCUUUUGAUGGGACCGAUCACAACUUCCUCAUAUAGUUUGACUAGAAGCAUAUACACAUUGAUUGGCACACUAUGAGUUGACAAAGCUGAGAGUAUGACGGUCGCAGCAAGAACGGGAAAUUUUUAUCAAGCAGAGCUCUUAUUAGGUAUUCUUUGGAACAUACAGACUAAAUUUAUUAAUUAAAAAAAAGAAGGAAAAAGAUGUUGGAAUAGGCUCUAUCAUUGCUUGACUGAGAAUUCGAAGUAGCUUAAUUUCUUUUGGUUAUAUAAUUGUAACAGCUAGCUGUUGUUUACUUCUGUGGUAUAUGAUCUUGUAGGCUGCUUCAUUAAUAUAUAUCUGAAUUAUAAUUUUGAGAGCGUACCCUUUUUUUUUACAU